ACCUGAAAAGAACCUGCCAACAUAGAGCCGACCCGACCCAAUUGUUACGCCGCACUCUCACUUUGUCAGGACUCAGGAUCCAUUUCAUCGGACCUCAGCGAUCAGGUACAAAUGAUGCUGCAUUCACUAAAGAGACGGAGAAUCCCGCCGUCCGGCAUCUUGAUCGGACUGACCAGGCGGUGGAUAUGCACCGACAGGGGAACAACCGUGAUGAGCUUCGGCGAUGGAAGCCACGGGGCUUUGGGCCUGCCGAUGUCCAUACCGGGUUUAGGCUCCGAUGCCUACGAGCCUACUCCCGUUCCAGGCCUCCCACGUGAUGUCACCGGCAUCGCUGCCGGCCACUUCCACUCCCUCGCCGUCACUCGUGAGGGCCAUGUUUAUGCCUGGGGCCGUAACACCGAAGGUCAGCUCGGUCGUGAUCGUAUUUCUCCUAGAGAGACAUGGAAUGAGCCAAAGAGGGUAGAAGGGCUAGAAAAAGUGAGAGUUCGAGCUGCAUUUGCCUCGGGUGUUGUGUCUGCUGCCCUUGGAGAAGAUGGAUCUCUGUGGGUCUGGGGAUGUUCCAAACGGGGGCAACUAGGUCUAGGGGAAGGAAUAACCGAAACUGUUGUGCCCACCAGGGUUGAAACGCUACUUGGAGAAUAUAUAGUUAAGGUAUCACUUGGUUGGGGGCAUGCUCUAGCAAUGACUAGAAGUGGGAAAUUGUUUGGCUGGGGAUACUAUGCAGAUGGUAGAAUAGGGAAGAUUGGGAAAGAGUUGGAGAUCUCCCCACUGGAAUCUAAUUCAUCUGAAUUUAAAUCAGUGGAAGCUGCUGAACAGUCAGUCUUGGAAGCCAUGGAGAAGGAAAAAGAUAUGCCUACUAUAUGGAAUCCCGGUUUAGUUGAGGAGCUACAAGGGUCGAAAGUUGAAGACGUGGCUUGUGGGCUUGACCACUCAUUGGUUGUUUGCAGUGAUGGCACUCUCUUUAGUGGUGGAAGCAAUGCAUAUGGGCAGUUAGGAAGGACAAAUCAAGAUUUGGGAAUCCACCCUGUUGAAAUAGGUAUACGUGCCCUAAACAUAGCUUCAGGUUUAGGACACUCUUUGGCUGUUUGCGAAGUUCCUUCAUCAGGACCAAAAGUUUUUUCAUGGGGAUGGAACCAAAGUUGUCAACUUGGCAGGCGAGGUCCAGGCAACAUUCCUCAGCAGGUCGAGGGGCUGGAUGGUGAGAUACCAAAAUUGGUUUCAGCAGGACGAGCACAUUCCCUUGUUCUCACGGCUAGGAAUGAAGUUUGGGCGUGGGGCUGUGGUAAAAAUGGGAGACUAGGAUUGUGCAGUUCAGCAGAUGAAGCUGAACCCACGUUAGUCGAGUUUUCUCAAGGUUUUGAGGCUUGGGAAUCCAUGGCUGGCUUAGAUCAUAGUCUCAUUCUUGGGAAAAUUGUACAUUAGAUAAAGUCCACAAGAAUAUCAUUUGAUAACAAGGCCAGCCAAUCUUAUGCAGUAGUAGACAUCUUAGUGACAAUUUUUGCAACCAAAUCACUGGACAAGAGAAAUAUCUUUGAGCCCAAGCCAACCCCCUUGUCCGAGCAAUCAAGCAUCAUAUAAUUCAAAUUGAGCAAAUGCAAGCAGAAAAGUGAUAGAAAAUUGACAUAAGACACACCAAAGAUGACUAACAUUCAACUAUUCAAGUUUCACAAUGGCACGGCCCACAUUUGCAGACAGAACACAGACAUUAACACCGGACUCGAGAGGAAGAAGCAG